AGCAUAAUACUAAAUGGACAGUCUUCGCUGAAGACGUUUGACGUCAUCUCGGUUCUCUUUCACAAAAGUUUUUCGAAGUCGGACAACUUUAAAAUCGGAAAAGCUCUGGUGACCAUCCUGAACAGUGACCUACUGUCAGAUGGGGUUUCUCCUAUAGUCUGUUUAUUCCUUAUCUGGGAUAUGUACAAGUCUGAAGCUCUCGAACACAAUCCAUUUUUACAGUUUAUUGUCAACUAUUUGCAACGUGACAGUUCACACUUCACUAGUUCCUUGCCUCUGCCCGCGAAGGUUUUCAUGCACACCUUGAUGAAGUUUCCAGACCGUGCUCGCGAUCUAUGCAAGACUACACCCCUGCAACUUUUAACGAUGGAUGCUGACGUUUCCACCCUGCGAUCGUGUGAUUGGUCGAUUUUUGACACACGCAUCCAGGAGCAUCUGCAGCCGAUUCCCAAAUUUGAUUCUUGUGGUAUUCCUUGUGUUUUGCCUGACGAUGACACAAUGAAGUCGACUGCCUUUGGUUUAGAUAGAAUUUCGACUGAGGCGUCUGCGUCCCAGCGGAAGCAUUGCAUAGAAGGACUGCUCGGAAGUGACAUGCUGGUUGCAUCUAUGCAGAGCUUGCGACCUGAUUUCCUACGCCUUGCGCCACCAAUAAUGCCUUGCCCACAGGCCUCUAGUGCUGGCAGCGAGGUAUUCAAGAGUUAUAAAUCUGCUGAUCCCUGUUUCUCGGAUUCUGAAUGGGUCGAAGAGCUGGUGUGGCUCAAUCCAACCACGAUAGAACACCAGUUUCACUGGGAUUCUAGCAUGGGACACUCUAGUCCCACAUUUGAGCUACGCCAACUUAUGUCCAUUGCUCUCACUUCGGCCCUAACUCACGCCCAGCAACAAAUUAUGGUUCAGUCUAUAAAGGAAGAUCCUAACCUCAUCCCCAGCCUUGGCCUUACCUCCGAAAACUUUGCAAAUCUUGUAAAUCGGAAUCCCGUCGUGGCCAUUGAAAUCCUUCUCGGCUUAAUAUCUACCCCCGAGGUUAACACAUAUUUAUCGUCCCUGGUGAAAAUGAAUAUUACUGUAAACUCAAUGGAGGUAGUAAAUCGAGUAGCUGCCCUCGUCGCGUUACCUUCGGAGUUCAUCCACACUUUCAUAUCAAACUGCAUAUCUACCUGUCAGGGAACUCAAGACAAAUAUCUGCAAGGUAUCCUAGUCGAAGUGCAAUCUUUCUGCCUGGAGUUCAACAAACUUCGUGAAGCAAACACCUUGUAUAGACUUAUAAAAAAUAUCGAGGUCAGUGAUAUAGCUGGCCAUGGAACUCCCCCCACCGGCACCGAGAUGCAAGGAACGCAACCGAAAGAACAGUGA